AUGCCUGCCAACCAACGCCAGCCGGCGGCGCAGCCUCCGCCAUCGCCUAACGCCAAGGCCACGGCCAGGUACACGAACAAGGAUGGCUCAAAGAUCAUCACCGUACCCAAGUCUGCUCAAAGCACCGAUGCUUCCCAGCCCUCCACGCCGACGACCACGACCAAGGCCCCCGUGUUACCAGCGACGAACGGGACCAGCCCCGUCGAUCAGGAACCCGCCCCAGCGGUCAAUCGUAAAAAGCAGAAGAGGCGAGCAAAGCUUGCUGCCAAGGCCGCUGCCGAGCAGGCGGCAGCUGCGACGAACACAACUUCUGAGCCCGUGCCUCCGACCACGCCUUCCGCCGCGCCGAAGCCCAGCCCAUCCACUCGCCAAGAUGAAGUGGAGCCCGAAGCGACCGAUGAGGAGGAGGAUAGGGAAGGAGACAAUCACGCCAAUACCAACGGCACGACGUCUGGCAAGUCAAAAAAGUCCAGGAAGAAGAAGAAGAAGAACGGCGUCGCGCAAGCCGCUGCCGACGAUCCCCAAUCAGCCAAUGUCCCGCCGCCUGCCACAGAAUCCCACCCGCUCCCACCACGAGGCCCUGGUAUCUCCAAGGAGAAGAUCUGGAACACGAGCUCACAGGAGGAGCGAGAGCGGAUCAAGGAGUUUUGGCUUGGCCUCGGUGAGGAGGAUCGCAAGUCGUUGGUCAAGGUCGAGAAGGACGCUGUGCUGCGCAAAAUGAAGGAACAGCAAAAGCACACGUGCAGCUGCACCGUCUGCGGCCGCAAGCGUACCGCCAUAGAAGAGGAACUGGAGGGCCUGUACGACGCGUACUAUGAGGAGCUCGAACAGUUUGCCAACCAAGCCGAUGGUCCUCCGCUGCCGCGCGACUUCCCGAUACGCGGCCGCAUAGCGAGUGCCUACGCAAGGCAACCGCCGUCACGGGGUCGCAUAGUUGAACACGUCGGGGACGACGAAGACGACGAGGAACUUGACUAUAGCGGCGAGGAGGACGACGAAGAAGAAGACGAAGAGGACGUUGACGAGGACGACGACUAUAGCGAAGACGAACCUCCAGAAGAUGUCCAUCCUCAUGACCGCGACAUGGCUGACUUCCUGACUUUCGGUAACAGCCUACAAGUCAAGGGUAUGCAGCUCCUCGACUCUCUCCUCUGCAGUUAUGGUAACAUGGACUUAGGUGGCAUACUCACCGUUGCGGAUGACCUACUCAAGAACGACGGCAAGCGCUUCAUCGAAAUGAUGGAACAGCUGGCCGAACGACGCAUGGCUCGCGAGGAGGAUGCCCGAGAUGCCCGCGCCUUUGGUCACCCCGCCGCGAACGGCACGUACGGCGGUCACACCCAUCCUCCGCCGGAAGACGAAUACGACGACGAGGAUGAGGAUGAUGACGAGUAUGACGAUGAUAGUCAGGACGAGGGCUAUGAUGAUGAAGAAGUGAGCUCCAGUCACCAUGCGCAUGAUCACAGUCACGGUACUGAGCAUUAUUGUUGCCAUCAUCAGGACACCAUGACCGAGGAACAACGCAUGGAAGAAGGCCGCCGCAUGUUCCAGAUCUUCGCGGCCCGCAUGUUCGAGCAGCGCGUCCUCACGGCGUAUCGCAACAUGGUCGCCCAGCAACGGCAGAACAAACUGCUAGAAGAGCUCGACGAAGAGCAACGACAGGAUGCUCAGCGGAAGGCCAAGAAGGCCAAAGACGCCCAGCGACGCAAAGACAAGGCCGCCCUGAAGAAGCAGGCCCUGGCCGAAGACAAGGCUCGCCGAGAGGCUGCCAAGGCAGCCGAGGAGGCAGCACGACUGGAGGAGCAGCAACGACGAGCCGAGGAGCAGCGGCAAAAGGCCGAGGAGAAGCGACGAAAGAAGGACGAGCAGAAACGACUGGAAGAAGAAGACCGUCAGCGUAAGGAGGCUGAGCGCCAACGACGAGCCCAGGAGCAGAUGGACAAACGCGCGGAGCAAGAUCGCAAGGUGCGUGAGGCUAAGGAGAAGGAGAAGAGGCUCAAGGAUGAGGCCCGCCUUCGAGAUAAGGAGGUCAAAGAGCAGCGAGAGAGGGAACACCGCGAGAAGAAGGAGCGCUUGGAGCAGGGGAAGCUGGACAGGGAGGCCAAGGCUCGCACAGACCGGGAGGCGAAGGCCAAGGUCGACAAGGAUAUCCAAGACCGCCGCAAGCAGGACGAGAAGGCCACGCAAAAGACGGCCGCACUUGCUGCCGCCGCUGCCGCCGCCGCCGCUGCUCCAACGCCCGUCCAGGCUCCAGCACGGCGGGCAUCCCACAACCUCGUGCCUGUCCCAGCCGCCUUGCCGCAACACCCGCCGAACCAGGCUUCCUUUGCGUCGCCGAAGAUUGCGGUCGCGACGCCUGCUCUGCCAAAAGCUCCGACGCCCAUUCGACCGAAGAACGCGCCCCAGUCUCAGGAUGUCAGCACCGGCAGCUCCGUUAUCGGCUCACAGGCCUCCCAGGCCGGUUCAGCACCGAGCCAGAACCCGUCACCACACUCGGCAACUCCAGCACACCCAAGCCCGCACCCCUUUAUCGCCCAACGAAAGGGCAGCGGUGUUCCUCCGCUGCAGCCACAGUCCGUAUCUCCGCCACACGCCAAAGGCCCCAACGCAGGACCGUUUGGCAUGCCUCCCGGCAUCUCUCACCCGCCUGGAUUCCCGAUGCCACCUCCGGGUCUGGCCCACCGACCUCCGCCACACGAUCCCAUGUUUGCUCAGUUUGGAGGAUUUCGGCCGCCCCCUGGCAUGGGAAUGCCUGGACCUCCAGGUCUCAACGGCAUGAAUGGGCCUCCGGGCAGGGGUUUUCCGAUGCCGCAUCCGCCUCCAGGCUUCUCUCAGCCUUUCGGCGAGCCCAUGCCGCCGAAUGGACCUCCUCAUGUAUCGCACACGCGCCAAUCGUCAGGCGGCUUCGAAAGCGGCCCUUCCAUGGCUUCGCAGCCCAUAGGACGGCCUGCGCCGAUUGGUCGACCAGGCAGCGUAGUCCACGGGCAGGGAUUAGACCAGGUAGAUGAUGUCUCCGACCAGCACCUUGGCAGCAGCGCCUUGCUCGACGAUUCGGAGGAGCCCAUUCGGGCGGCCACUACGAGACAACUACACCAGGCACCUGGACCUGGUCCUCGACAGGCUUUCCCCAGCACACCGUUUGGUAUGGACGCCGGCAUGCACCUGCAGAGUAAUCCAUGGAGUAACCCGUCGCCCUUCGCCGCGUUUGGCCCGCCGCCCGGUCUUGGUGGCCCAACCUGGGGCAACCCUUUGGCAGCUAUUCCGCCCAUGCCAUCUCUGGCAAAUCUCCGGACAGGAGGCAAUCCUCGGUCUGUCGCCGUGCGACGCAUGCUCUGCCGCGUUUGCAAGGAGUUGCAAGGCAGGGGAGUGGACGGCACGGACGGCUUCGCGGACUUGAAUAUCAUCAUGAGCGAGGUGGAACAGCUCAACCGCAUGGAAGGCGUCAGCCGUGAGGUCAUAUCGGAAUCGGAGAUUCUAGACCUCGCAGAGACAGAGGGUACGCCACACAACGGCGGAGGCGUUUUCGAUAUCCGCAAGGAUGUCAGGGGCCCCGGCAAACAUGCGGUACGUUGGAUGCCAGACCUCGUCGGCGACAUGGCACAGCCACCUCGUGCCGUGGGCGAAAUUGGCAGCCCGGUCAUUGGCACCGGUCAUCCUGCAUUCCCCAUGCGAGGAUCGUAG